GUUUUGUUGCUUACUAGCAGUAGAGGAGAAGCGGGAAAAGUUGAAUCUGGUUUUCAUAGUAAGGUUUGGGGCUUCAAUUUUAUUCUUUACAGAGAGGUUUUAUAUUAUUGUCUUUGGGUUUGAAAACGAUGAGCGAGAUGAAAGGUAAUGAGGAAGGAGGAGCAGAUAUGCGCGAAGCGGUUGAUGCCGAGCCGGCUGGUAGGGAUGUUGAGCAAGCACAGUUACUUCACUCGGGUGAAAACCAAAAACCUGUCGAAAAUGGGCAUUCGCCAUCCGAGCCAUCGGAUGAUAUGAACGCAGAUUUGCCUACGGGAUCUCAUUCAAGCGAUGACCAAGCUUCUGAUGCCAAUGGGUCGCCUGAAAGUGAUGAUGAUGAGACAGGUCCGGUGAAUCUGCCACAGCCGGAAGAUGCAGAGCAACUUGACGGAUGUAUAGUCAAGAAGGCGGAAGAUGAAAAUAGGGAGGAAUCUAAGAAUGCGGUGAAGGGAGAGGAAGCAAUUCCUUCUGUAAAAAAAUGUUUUGAGGAGACUGUAUUGAAUCAAGUUACGGUGGCAGAAGAGUACCCGGUUAAGAAGGAGGGCUCCACCCAGUCAUUUCUUAUGGAGACACAGUCGUUUGAGGGUGACGAUUCGGGAACAGAGGAGGAACAGGCUGCAUUCAUGAAGGAACUAGAGAGCUUCUUCAGGGAGAGGAGCUUAGAAUUUAAGCCUCCGAAGUUUUACGGAGAAGGAUUGAAUUGCCUGAAGUUGUGGAGAGCUGUGACUAGGUUGGGUGGCUACGACCAGGUAACAACAUGCAAGUUGUGGAGGCAAGUUGGAGAGUCCUUCAAACCACCAAAGACUUGCACCACUGUCUCCUGGUCUUUCCGAUGUUUCUAUGAGAAGGCACUCCUUGAAUAUGAAAGGCAUAAAAUGGGUGGUGAUGAGAUCCAUGGACCUGUUUCUUCUACCCUUGCAGAGAACAUGAGUGUUGAAAAUCCGGCAGGUGGUAAUCAAGCAUCAGGGUCAGGUAGGGCACGGAGGGAUGCUGCAGCUCGUGCUAUGCAGGGAUGGCAUUCCCAGCGUCUUCUUGGUAAUGGUGAGGUUGGGGACCCAAUUAUUAAGGAUAAGAAUUAUGUUUCUAUGCCAAAGCGUGAAAAACAGCUUAAAAGUGUUGGUGUACAUAAGCGUAAAAAAACAUCUAACCUUGAACAUGCUGUAAAAGCUGCGCGUACUAAAGUUGUGAAGCCACAAAUGGAUAUCAUGGUUGUUGAUAUUGGAUCCCCUGCUGAUUGGGUGAAGGUCAAUGUGCGGAAAACAAAGGAUUGCUUUGAAGUCUAUGCUUUAGUUCCUGGGCUUCUACGUGAAGAGGUACGUGUUCAGUCAGAUCCAGUAGGGCGCUUGGUUAUAACUGGUGAACCAGAGCAGCCCGAUAAUCCUUGGGGCGUCACCCCCUUUAAAAAGGUUAUCAGCUUGUCGUCGAGAAUUGAUCCUCAUCACACUUCUGCUAUAGUGACCCUGCAUGGCCAAUUAUUUGUACGUGUGCCUUUCGAGCAGUCAGAUUUGUAGGAUGUGGAACUUGGUACCCUUUUGCCCAUUUCAAUUCUCUAGAGGUGACAACAAUUAUGAAUUAGGUAAAGCAAGAUUAUAGGGAAUAUAUCAGACAUGAGCUCAAUUUGUGCAUAUGGUUAUUUACUUCAUGAAAUCAUGCCAAAUACUCCAAGUAUGUCUGUUUUAACUUAUGCCUUGGUAUAUUUAACUUGCAAUUAUGUGCAGUACUAUAUUGAUAUUGUAGCGCAAUCAGAAGUUUCUUUAGCUGGGAUC